AUGCUUGUUGCAGUGGUGUCUCAGUACCUUGUGCCUCACUGUGCAGAUAUGAUUGAGGAGUUAAUUGGAAGGGGACAACAGGUUGAUGCUGUGCAUUUUACAUAUGAAGUUGGCCUUGCCGACAAAUUCCCACCUGUCCCCCUGCUGAAAGCUUUUCUGAAAGAUGCAAAGAAAGCAGCUACAUCCAUUUUGGGGGAUCCCAACAGUUCGGGCCGUGCUGCGCACAUGGCCGCCAAGAAGGAGCAAUCUGCAAUCCGGGCCGUCCUCAAGUGCAUCGAGGAAUACAAGCUGGAGUCUGAGUUCCCGCCCGAGACCCUGAAGAAAUGCCUUGAGCAGCUCGAGAAGGCCAAGAUCGAGAAGAAGAGGCCUGCCAGCCCAGCAACCAAACGUACGCGGGCCAGCAAUGGUGGCCCGAUGCCUCCAGCAAAGGCUGGCCGCUCAACCAAUGCCUACGUUUCGUCCUUCCCAUCUCCCCCAACGUAUAUCAGGUCCCCUUCCCACACUCAAUACCCUUCCCCAGUCCCAGCUUACCCUGCUGUGCCAGCUGUCUAUAACAGGAGCCCGCCAUUCGCUUAUUCACCAGAGGCUCCUGCACCUGCAAUUGUUGGAUCAUACCCAGUUUCACCUGUGAACUUCCCGGCUUAUGGGAUGCCACCCGCUUACCAGCAAGCUUACUACUGA